GUGAAUCGGCCGUGGACAGCGUUGGACGUGGAAAACAAACCUAGGAGGGGAAAACAAACCCUCUCCCUCUCACUUCAACAGGAGGAGCAAAAUUCCUGGAAAAAAAGGAGCAAGUGUUUGCUGCUUUUUGCUUCUUUCAUUGCUUUUUUUCUGGAGGACAGGAAAAUUGUGCAAAGAAGGUGUGAGUUGGGAAAAGUUUGGCGAUUUGCUGUUGGAAAACUCUGCGCCUACACUUGAAGGAUAUCAGAGGGAAACGUCUGGUGAAUUGUCUGUUUUGUGGUGUAGCUGUGUGGGUGUGUUUAAAACUGAAAGGAUUAAGACGGAAUACUUUGAGGUGUUACCCUGAAUUAAAGGUGAAUUGAAAUAAGUGAAUUUAAAGCUGAAGUAGAGAAGGUUCGUUUCAGCAAAACUUACUUUAAAGGAAAAUUGGAAAAUUUCACGAGCCAAGACAAAGUUUCCGUCGCAGGAAGUGAAAAUUUGCUAUCCUAGACUGUGCCGGAAGUGCGAUAAGAAAAAGCAAAACGAAGAAACGGGAAGAGCUCGCCGAGGAUUAAAGCUACUUUCGGUGAGAGUGAAAGCUUCUGGGGAAAAGUGAGUAAAAGUGUCAUUUGUCAUCGCCAAACGUGGAAGCUAAUGAGACGGGACACUUGUUCGGCGUAGAAACUGUCCCCUCCCGGAAGUGUGUGCAAACGCGAUGUGUGUCCCGCUGAGGGGAAAUUCCGUGUCCGUGUCUAGGUGUCUAUUAGUGUGAGCUUUUAUGUACAUCGCCGAGCUUUAUGUACAAUCUGUUGAAUGUGCCCGCCCUGAAUCGCUGGAAAUACGCACAUUCUGUGUUCGGAGUGGAUUGACUGAUCCGCUUUAAGAAUAUUAAAAACAGCUCAACCGAGGGCCAGCUGACUCAUCGGAAAUUCUGCGACUUUGGAGUAAACGAAAUCCCUGCUCGGAAUAAAAAAUAGCAACGCAGGUCAUGAAUGCCAAUAAACAAGUGCUCAACGGGUCCUUCUGAGGCACCUCUUGGCUGGAACGUGGUCACGUUUGAUUCAGUUCAGCGAGAGGGGGCAAAACUUUUCAGCGCCGAUUCCAGAAUGCCACAGGCGACGUCAACUACAGAACUUGCUGGUUCGGCGUGGCUUUCAUCAACCGAAUGGAAAGCUCCGGGGGUGAGCUUUUCAGCAGCGGUGUGUUGAAGUGCAAAUCUUUGUAAAGUUUAGUGAAGUCAACCGUAGAAAACAUAGGGGCUUCAAGAAAAAAAAAACUUAAGGUUAUACAGUAGAAGUAGUAGUGUGUUAGUAGCUGUUCUAGAUUGUGGUGAAACACGAGCAUCCUAGAACAAGCCAAGUCAAGUGUGUGGUGGUGAAGAGAAGAAGAAGAAAAAAGAGCAUCAAGAUGAGCUUCUUCAGUUCACUCCAGCAGUACGUGACGAGUGGCGUGGCCGGGCUCGGGUUGAACCCGCGUCGGUUCUCGCUGCACCGGCAGGAAUCGUCGGAGGCCACCACGCCGGCGGCCUCCGGCUCCGGCAUGGUCCCGAGUCCGCUGAUGAUGAUGGACCCGAGCAAGAUGAACAACACUGGCGGCAUCCUGAUGGGACCACCCCCGCCCGGAUCGGGAGGGUCCAUCGGGAGCGGGGGUGGUGGCGGCGGAGGCGGGAGUCCGGGAAACUACGGAAUGGGAUCCGGCGGAGGAGGCGCGACCUCGGGUGCCACACUUGGCUACCCCAAAGUGGUAACCCCCGGUGCCGGCCCCGGCUCCAACACAAUGCCCCCCGGCUCGCCCGGCGCUCUCGGUCCCGGGGGCCAGGCCGGAUCCACACUCGGGGCCACAAUCGGCCCGGCCCAGGGUGGUGCAGCGAUGCGCCGCCAGUCGUCGGCCCGCGGGCUGGACACACUGGUGCCGCCGGGCCGGACGGGGUCCUUCCGCGGGGGUCGCAACUCGCCGAUCAAUCCGACGGCCCCGGACAAACCGUCGUUCGCGGUGUGGAAGCGCCGCCCGUCCUGGCCCGAGGUGGAAAUCAAAUCGUCUUCGGGUCACCGGCACCGACUGAGGCCGGCCCCGUUGAUUAAGGUCCAGGGUGAGUCCGCCCCCGCCGAGGACGAGGAACCGGGCCCCGGUCCGGCCACCGAGAUUGUCUAUCGCUUCGACAAAAUGAACCCGCCCUUUAACAGUGUCGUUAGUGCCAAUAACAAUAGCGUCCAGGAGAACGACGGCUCGUACUUCGAGAGCUUCACUGCCCUGUCCUGGAAGAACGAAAACCGGCGCAUGUCGGCGGUCCGAGCCGUGGAAACGCGGGCCGAAGUCCUGCCGGAAAGCGAAACGGACCGGCUGCUGGAGGACGACAUCGAACGGUCCGAGCAGAAGGAGCAUCUCUAUCUGGACGUGCUGUACGCGAUUGCGAACACGGUCGGAGCGCCGGCACCGGGCGGACAGUACAGCGAAAAAAAGUGGAAGAAAUUUGCGCACUACAAAGAGGAGAUGUACCUGCAGGCCCAGCGGGUCUUUAGUGUGUCCGCCGACCGGCACUACCGGCUGCUGCACGCGGCCACCGAGGAAAAGCCCAAGAUAAUCGUCCUGACCGUGGUCGUGCAGGAAGCGGAAGGCCUCGAGGCGAAGGACGCCAACGGUUUCAGCGACCCGUACUGCAUGCUGGGCAUUCAGCCCUCCGGGACGCCCCCACCACCCUCGCCCCAGCCCCCCAUGACGCCGCGGACCCUCUCCGACACCGGCAUGGACAGCCUGGACUCGCCCGAGCACGGGAAGCUCCGCAAGCACCACAGCUUUCGGCUGAGCUUCAAGCGCAAGGACGGCCGCCAACAGCGGGACUCGGUCGGGCCCGUCCCCGCCAAGUUCAUCCGGGCGACGUCCGUCAAGCCGCACACGCUGUGUCCCAAGUGGAACGAGAAGUUCAAAUUCGACAUUGACGACAUUCACUCGGACAUUCUGCACCUGGACAUUUGGGACCACGACGACGAAAGCAGCGUGCUAGACGCUGUCUCACGACUGAACGAAGUUAGGGGCGUUAGAGGAUUAGGUAGAUUUUUCAAACAAGUGUGCCAAUCGGCACGCCAAGGUUCGCAGGACGACUUUUUGGGUUCCGUCAAUAUCCCAGUCUGUGAUAUUCCUUCAACCGGUUUGGAGGGCUGGUUCAAGCUGGAGGCACGCAGCAACCGCAGCUCCGUACAGGGCCGCAUCCGACUGAAACUGUGGCUGUCGACGCGGGAAGAUCGCGGUACCUCCGAGGAGGACAACACCCUGGAGGUGAAAAAGUUCGAACGGCUGCAGACGAUCUUCAUGAUGCACGAGGUGCACGCGCACGAACCGGCCUGGAAGUGGAACGGUGAGCUGGCCGGACCAUCGCUCACCAUUCUGCACCAGAUCGCGGUCCAGAGCGAUCUGUCCGAUCUGCAGAUCUCGAUGGCAAAAUUAGUGGCCAUCAUCCGGAUCAACCGGAAGAAACCACUCGACACCAAGUUCAUCCACCGGCAGCUCAUCGAGGUGGACAAACUGUGGGUCAACAACUACAGCAACGAACCGUUGACGCGCGAGCUCGAGCAGUGGCUGGCGGACGCGCUGAACGGGUUCGUCGAGCGAUCGCUCAGCCACAUGCGACGGCAUCGCGAGGUGUUCCCUGCGCUGCACGCGCCCUCCCUUGGCCGGUUAGAGUUCCAGCUGCGAUGUCUCGGGCUGCUCGGAUCGAUGCGGGCCUUCCGUCAGGUCAGCCCGUUCAGCAAAGGCGUCCGGGGGGAGAUCGUGGGAGCACUUCGGAAAGGGUCAAUUACCUGGUCACAGGCACAACUUCGCGAAUCCCAACGGGCACCGAAUCCGCUCGUGCACUACACUACGAUCCUGAUCGCUGACCUGCAGAUCGGAGUUCAGCACUACCACUCGCUGUUUGAUUCAACCAACGGCAUCCAGUACUUUAGCAUCGUGUACAAGCAGUUUGACUCGCUGCUCGGCGAAGAGGUAACGAAUCGCAUCGAAUCCGGCCAACUGCCCGGAACCAUCGUCAACCAUUGGACAAUCUUGGACAACGAUCGCGAGCCGGACAUUGCGCCGUUCGAGAUCUACUUUGCGUUGCAGCAGUUCCACAACCUCAAGUCACAUCUCUCGGUGACGCCGCAACCUCCGGAGAAACCGCUCGGUUUGCAGAACUUUCACGAAUGGUUCGAACCCGCCGUUCAGCGAUGGAUUUCAAUUAGCAAAACGAAAGCGAUCCAACGGAUCAAGGCGGCGGUCAACGUGGACCAGAUCAGCGAGGGCGAGAAGAUCGUCCGACACAGCACAUCGGCCAUCGAUACAGCGUCGUGCUUCUACCAGAUCCGGGAGUUCUGGAAAAACCUCGCCUGGCCCGAUCACGGCUCGGGAGCGCACUACGAAGCGUUGAUCAUCGAUCUGGUGUGCACCACGGCGAACGUCUACUCCGACCUGAUCCACCAGAACCUCGCCGAAUACUACGACAAAUCGGGACCACAGCGAACCACCGACGACAUGUGCGUCAUUGUAAAUAACCUAGAAUACGUCCGACGGGCGCUGGCCGAGUUCCAACCGGAAACGCACGCCCUGUCGGAAAACGCCGAAAACUUGCUCGAAAAUACCAUUGCUCAACUGGAGAACAAAGCGGACCGCGUCCUGGGAAAACUAACGGCAUCCAUGCAAGGUCCCCUCCAAAAGGCCGUGUUCCAUCUGGCCUGGUCCCCCGACUCACUACCCGCCAACCAGGCCGUGAUGCCCCUCCUAGAAUACCUAGACUCACACCUAGCGACCCUCAACGUCACCCUGCUCUCGCAGAACUUCUACCGCGCCAUGAGUCUCAUCUGGAACAGCGUCCUCACGGAAUUCGCCAAGCAGAUGGAGUCCGGCGGUGAAGGCGACAAACCGAGCAACUUUCACGACCGGAUGUACGGCGCGCUCCAGCUGCUUGGUGAAUUCUUCAACGCCGAAGGUCUCGGCCUCCCCCCAGAAAUCCUCCACAGUGACCUGUACUGGCGCGUUGCUCAACGACUGCAAUACCACAAAACCGACACGGACCAGCUGAUCGAUCUGUUCUACCUGCAGCGGCUACAGGAACAGCUCAACACGAUGGGCAGCCAGACGCAGCUGGGGACCCUCUCGGUGAAGGCGUACUUCAACCACGACUCGCUGUGCGUCGAGGUGCUGCACGCCAAGGACGUCAUCCCGCUCGACCCCAACGGCUUUAGCGAUCCGUUCGUCAUCGUCGAGCUGCUGCCGCGGCGGGUCUUUUCGCACUGCUCCGAACAGCAGACGAACGUGCACAAGAAAACGCUGAACCCGGUCUUUGACGAGUGCUUUGAGUUUUCGGUCACGCACGACCAGUGCCAGUCGGAAGCGGCCAUGAUUGUGUUCACCGUGAUGGACCACGACGUGCUGACGGCGAACGAUUUCGCCGGCGAGGCCUUCCUGUCGCUGAACAACAUCCCGGGGGUGGCCAGCAACUUUACCCUCAACAUCGAAAACUUUGACUGCGUGACGCAGCUCGACCUGCCGCUGCUCGAGAUGAAGGACAAAAGUCACCCUAUCCUGCAGAUUAUGGAGGGACGCGUCAACGACAAAAAUGCAAUGGAAUUUUUGAGGAAACAAAAAGCUCGCGUCGUAGGUUAAGCAACUGAAAAAAACAAUUUACAAUAAACAAAAAAGUAACCAAACAAUUUGUCAAUCAUGCAAUUUAUUCGUUACACUCACAACUCAAACCAGCGAUACAAAACAGAUAACCAAAGAUCCACUAAUCGUCUUUCUUUCAAAUCAUCGUUUCACAUGUCGUGUGCAUAAAACUCACCAAAUCUGCGCAAGGAACUAACAUUUUUGUAAGGAAAAUCUAUCAAUAGCAACUAAAAAAAUGCCUUUACUACACACAAAACUACGAAAGUUGUAAAAAGCAUCAACCAUCUACUCAUUGUGUCCACCAUAAAAAUAUCGUAGAAACGCCCAAAAUUUAUAAGACUUCAAUCCCUUCAUCACUCCCCUGGCAAAAGCCAAGAAACGAAGUCUGUGUAAACUAUCGUUUGAUUUUUAACAUAUACGAAAGAGCGUAUUUUUAUACAAAACAACUGAUUUGCAACCUAGGAAAAAAACGCAUAAACUACUAUACAACUACUUUUAGCUAACUGAAAACCAAACUGUAAACUACGAAAGGUCUUGUAUAUUUGAAUAUUUGUAAAGUAAAGGAAAGGAAGACAACUUUAGAGAUGCUAUACAUUUGUUUAUACAAAGUUAAAGAAAAACAUACCUGGUAUAAAGGACAGAGUAGUGAAAAACGAAUUGAACAAAACAAAAAUCUAUAAUCUGUACACAACUGAGGCACACACAAACAAAAAAAAAGACACACACAUUUUUAGAUAACAUCUCGCUCUGCUAGCCAAGAGUGUCGGAAACGAACGAAAAAAAAAUCCAAACAAAAAAUUAACUUUUAAGCUGUAAAUUUUCUCGAACAAACUGCAGAUAUUUUCUUAUGAAUGAAUAAAACCAACUUAAACAAACGCAAAAUCAAGGAAACAAGCGCGCUUCCGGCCGAUCUUUCCGCUUGUAUAAUAAGGAUUUGUUUAACGGAAGAUAACAAACAACACACACACAACUAUUAACCACCUCGAUAUGGAAACACCUUCGCAUACAUACAUACACGCAUUUACACACACGCAAACUUGCCCUUAAGCCAGAACCAAAUAUGCAAUUUGAAUUUAUUGUUUAAUACAUUUUUUUCUUAUUUUUAAAGUUAUUUUUUUUUUAAAUUGACCAAAAAUUUUGUUUUUUUUGCUGACAGCGAAAAUAGUUUUAUUAAAACACCCCAAUAAAUAAGACAUAAAGCAAAGUCAUUAUUUCGAUAAUCGUGUACGGCUUAAGAUUUCUAUGGCCGAAAACGAAAACAAAGCGGCUAUCCUGCUUGUUUCUAAUGUAAACAUCACUUGAACAUGAUAGACUCUUUGUUUACACUUUGGCAUUGGCCCAAUUACAUUUUUUUUUUCUUGAAAUGAGUUGUUUAUAUUUCAUAUGAUUCCAUCAGUUUGGUCACAACUGAAUUAACCCAGAAAUGAGUUUUGUGGUCAGAUUUAGGUGAAUUUCAUUCAUAAUGUAUCAAAAGCUGAGUGAAACAAGGCUUCCUUAGCCCGGUAAAAAAAAAAUAAUUUAACUCAAAUAUGAAUGACUCCUCGUCACAGAGUCCUGAGGCAAACAAAGGUCGAGCUCGAGCUGUCACUGUCCCUGCGAAAUAUGUUAGCUGUCAUUGGGCGGUAGGCCUUUAAAACCCAGCAAAAAGUCGCAUGACAAAAAAACUUUUGCUAGAAAGAGAAAGCAGAUCUGAUGCAAACAAACCCGUGGCACUCAGAGGUGUGAAUGUGUUAAGAAUGACUCUAAAAGACUAGAACAAACUCGCACAUUUUUGUGUUUGACAGUUUGCCAAACUUGCAAACUUGUUUGCGGCAAACUCGCAAACAAAGCAAAAUGUAUGCCGGCUGACGUUUCUGCAAACAAACACAGCUGGCAAACCGCCAAACUGUCAAAAAUUUUGCUCGUUUGCGAAUUUGUUUGUUUGCCGUAGUCUAAUACGUCCUUUAGUAAAUUUUCAACUAAAAAGCCUUAUAACACCGUAGUUUCAAAUUACUCAAAUUUCAUGUCACUCAGUUUUCGUUAAAAUCCGAACCUAAUCAAAAAUGAAAUGGAACUGUCAAAUUUGGGUAAAUUUCACUAUAAUCAGGGUAAAUUUUACUCAAUUUUCGUUAAAUUUUAUGUAAAAGGCAUUAAAAUCUGACAGUUUUUGGUUUUGCGUGCUGACCAAAUUCUUCGAAAUUUCCUUUUCACCCUGAUAUGGGUGAAUUUUACCCACGAUUGUGUGAAGUCUGGUCGAGUCUGGUUGUAUUAUAAUGAAAAAUUCUGGAAAAAACUCAACCAUUUUUAUGUAGAAUUCAUCUAAAAAUUAGUCAAAAGAAAACUUCCAAAACUCACUUCUGGAUAAGUUCAUUUUUCACGAUAUUUUAGUGAAGUAUUAUUGUCUCUUUUAACAAUUCUCAAUACAUGACUUGAUUUUUUUAAAUUACGUUUUUAAUCAUUAUCAUAAUAGCAAGCCCACACAUCCACAAUAGACUAAUUGUACGACAAAUGUAUAGUAAAUGUCGAGCUUAGAUGUGAACUCAAACUGUACCCAACCAAAGUGUCGCCAAUCAUUAAGCCUCACCAGUUUCAUCUGAAAAAGAACGCAUAUUUUUCAAUAAUAAAAAAAACAACUUGUACUAAUAGAAAAAAAAACUGAAAACGGGGGAAAAGCUUUAAAAUCUCCUACCUUGACGAAUACACAAACGUCGCGCACGUACACUAACAAACGCAACUGGAAUUGCUGAGUUUCUCAUCAAGUACCUACAAAGCAUAACUGGAAUUUUAGACAAACUUUUAUUUUUACACCGAGUCUUACGCGUCCUAUCCCCACAUCCACCGUGACCUAUAGCCAUGAUCCCAAUUGUAGAAUUGAACCUGUGUAAAUUCUAUCUUUAGACAAAUUUUAACCCUGCACACAACUUCGCUUCAUAAAAAUACACACAAGACAAACAAAAAAUCGUUGUGCACACCCCGUAGCCUUGAAGGAACUUUGCAUGCACCACAAAACACUGACAAAAACAAACCAACAUUUGUAGGGAAAUCAAGAAAAACUUUAUAUAUACACUAUCCUUCUAGCUAAGGCCAACCAACUAAACUUGGAACAAGAAAUUAAAAAAAAACGAAAGUGAGCCAAAUAAUUAACCCAAAUAAACUAAAGAAAAACGACAGCAGCAACCUAUUUGUACAUAAAAAUAGAGAAGAAAAAAACUGUUCAAUGUUUGCAGAACGCUACAAUCAUAUUUAAAACAAACGCUGUAUGAUAAAAACUAGACUCAUCGUCUGAUUUAGCUAAACAUUUUGCGGUGGGGGGAAAGAUAGUUUGCAUAGAGAAAGAUCCUUUAUUGCCGUUGUUUUCUGAUACAUUUUCUUGUUCUUGUUCUAGAAUAAUUUAUCUAUGUUGAUCGCCCAUCCAAACAGUUAGUCAAUCACUCGGAAAGAAUCGUAUAUAUUUUUCUAGCAGAUUUUCCAUAUUUUUCAAACACUAAGUUAUCAAAACGUGUAUUAAACCAAGACAAAGUAUAACAUAUUACAAAAAACAAACGGAAACAAAGAAGACAAACAGCAUAGAAUUAUUACGUAGUGCGUCAACAUAAACAAUGUCAACAAAAUUUAAUUCAAAACCAAGCAAAAUUAACCAACCUUCGUAGUCCGCCGCCGUUAUUUGGAACAUCAACAAGAAAAAGAAGGCAUCUAAUCGUAUUAAAAAAAAACAUUUCUUCGGUCAGGAUCAGGAUAUCAGGACACACACACAAUUGCUUUUCCCAUCAAACGGAGCAGAAUUUAAAAAAGGAUGAAAAAAACGUGGACGAAAAAUGUACUCGGUGGAAAAUUGGAGCAAACAAAAAGGGCAGAUUGGACAAUGCAAAUAUUUUUCGAAAAUAACAAAUAAAAAAACAAGUAUCUGUUCAUCUAUCAA